AUGUCAUUCGGCAAUAGUGGAGGCGGCACUUUAACGCUACCGAGCCCAACCCACCCUUCUCAUAUCGAUGUACAGGCCACAGUGCGAUCACUGAGGCGCUCGAUAUCGCGCUCCCCUUCCAAGUUCAAUCUGUCGCGCACUGCUUCGCAAAGCUCGGAUGCAUCUGCCAGCUCGACCAAUACGCCAAAUUCACCAUCGCCCGCAUCACCUUCCUUGCGCCGAAUGGCCUCGCAGCAAUUUGGCAACACUUCACCGCGUAACAUCCACGCGCCUACAUCAAGUUCACUUCUUGCGCAAGCACCACUCGCGACACCCUUCCGACCCAGUGUUAAAUUGUCUUUGCGCUCCACUAAAUCUACGUCGCGAAUCGGCGUGUCGCCGGGAGCCGUCGCACCCAAAUCCGCAUCCCGAAGUCGCACAUCACCCAAGAGCCCACCAAAGCGCGCGCUGAGCAGCGCGUCUUCGUCGUCAGGAAACUCGGUCGCCUCGCCAAAUGGUUCGGAAGGGUCUGGCCAAGAGAACCUAAACGUGUUUCGCGCCCGCAGCCCAGUACGCCGAAGGAGCUUCGAGAAAGCCAAAAGUCGACACAGCAUGCACCUCGACAUGUCUGGCGCAUCGCUGCAGGCUAUGUCCCGGCUGACUGAUACCCCCGCUUUGAACCCAACCGCGAGCCCGCUUAAGCGGAGUGAUGCAACAAUGAAUCUGGACCGGAGGACGAGUCUCGGAAGUCCAAAGGCGAAGCGUAGGAGUUAUGGACCUUCUAGUUUUGGGACCGAAUUUAGCGUAUUCGACAACGGGAUGACACCAAGCUUCGACAUUCAUGAUGAGGCCAAUCGAGAGUACGACUGGAUGGGCUCCGGCAUACAGAACAUAAAUGAGCCGCUUUCAUCGCCCACACCGUCAGUGAUGCCAAGAAGAGCAGGCUCACUAAGAAAGUCUACUCUGCAACAACGACAUUCGGGGGAGCGCACCUCUUGGGGGCGACGCCACGCAGCUCAACAAUUAUCGCAGAUGUCUAAUGAUGUGUCGACGCCGGUAAAGAAUCGACCGCGACUAUCGCUGGAUCACUACAUGCCCCCGCCGCAACGAGACAGCCCGUUCGGUCACCAGGGUCCACUGUUGAAUGCAUCGGCCCAUCCAGUCAACCAACUGGCUCAUCAGCCGCAUCCGUUGUCGCGGACCAUGACGACGUCAUCCUCCAACUCCAGCAUCCCCGAUGAAUCGCCCACGCACUUCCCCGUCAUCAGUGAAAAGCCUAGAGCCCCGAUGAAUUGGUCAAAGAGCUUGCCUAUCGGUGCAGUGCGACCAACCGCUGAAAACCCGGGCCACAGCAUUGGAAGUGUUUCCACACCGGAUUAUAAGGCAGCAAAGCCGUUUCUGGGCGCAUUUGCUUCGACUGGUUUGGUGUCCAAGAUGAAUCGCAACCCAGAAUUGGAGCCAACUGUUCGUGGUGGAGUGGCCGUCCCAGAUACGCCGUGCAAGAAGCAAGUAAAUGGCUUCGCCACUUAUCCACCGCUCCCCGGCAGCGGUGGAAAAGGAUCUCGAGGAAGACACAACGUUAUCAGGCAUACUUUUGGCGCUCCAUCAACUCCCUUCAAUCCCAUGGCUGGUCAUGACGUCCAGAACACCUUCGGGGAACAUGCAAGCAGGCCGGGGCUUUUUAGUGGAUUUGGGUCAAAACAUGGUCGUAAGGGUAGCCUCUUGAGCCUGUACAGUGAUGAUGGCAGAAACUUGGUCGACACCACCGGCGACAGCCUCAUGACUUCAGAGGGAGACGCACCGCCGACACCAACGAAACAACAGAUCCUCGACCAGGGUUCGGUGAACCUGGAGCAUCUUACAAAUGACAGCCCUACGGCCAACCGCCACAUGCCCGCGCCAAUAUCAGCGAUUGGCGCUAGGUCUUGGCAGAAAGAUGCAGCACCAAGCUCGUCGCCUCACACACCUCAAGAGAGUCCGCCCGCACCUCUUGAUGCAAGUCGUUUGUCUAUCUCGAAUCCAACCGAAAUUUUUUUGUUUCCUACGAGCAGUGUGAAGAAGUCGAUAAACCCGCCUGCUACACCAACUACACGACAUGAAGCGUUUCCACUAUUUGGUGACCGCCGUGCCAUAACACCCACCAACGGCUUACUACCUCACGAAGUGGAUGCGUCGCUCCUUGAUAAAUUUGCGAAAGUUGAGCAUAUCGGCCACGGGGAGUUUUCCGAAGUCUAUAGAGUUGUGCAGCUGGACAAGGUUGCCCCGAAACAGCACAUCUUCUUCAGCACGCCAACACACCGUACACCUCCUUCGCCACCACCGGAUAAGGUUUUUGCAGUGAAGAAACUCCGAAUGCCCAUCAAAGGCGCAGGUGAUCGAGCUCUGAGAUUACGCGAGGUCGCUGCGUUGGACGCUCUCCGAGGUUCCGAGCACAUAGUGCAGCUCAUCGAUAGCUGGGAAGUCGAAAAUAGUCUCUACAUACAGACAGAGUACUGCGAAGAAGGGAGCCUGGAUGUUUUCCUGUCGGCCGUUGGAGUGAAAGGCAGACUGGACGACUUCAGAAUCUGGAAGGUCAUGCUCGAGGUCAGCCAGGGGUUGCAAUAUAUUCAUACCGCAGGGUUUGCCCACCUUGACCUAAAGCCCGCCAACAUUUUUAUCAACUUCGAAGGCACGUUAAAGAUCGGAGACUUCGGUAUGGCCACAGCAUUGCCUGCCGACAAGGGUCCCGACUUUGAAGGCGACCGGGAGUACUUGGCUCCUGAAGUUAUUCGUGGAGAAAUUGACAGGCCAGCUGACGUCUUUUCUUUGGGGCUCAUCAUGCUGGAGAUUGCAGCCAACGUCAAGCUACCUGAGAACGGAGCGACUUGGACAGCUUUGCGGGAGGGUGAUUUCAGAGAGGUGCCCAUUUUAACACAGGACGCGGACACAGUUUUGCGGGAUGCUACGGGCAUGCCGGUUGAAGAGACUGAGCGGAGUGUUGGUGUCAUGUCAGACGAUGGAGCGUCCAACAAGCACAGUCGCCGCACCUACCCGUUGCGUGGGGCUAAUAGACCAUCCGGGGACAUUUUCGGACUUGCCAGAAAGAGUGAGCUGCUACAGCCUCCCGACUUCAUGACAGAUGCUGCGAACUCGAAUUCCCUCGAUACCGUUGUGAAGUGGAUGCUUACAGCUGAGACGGUGUAUCGGCCAACUAUAGCCCAACUUUUGGCACUUGAUUCUUUGCACUGGGUCGCUUCGCGUCAACGUGCCGGGGCCACCGUCUUCGAAGGCAACUGGGGACCUUCUGAUGAGCAGCUGGAGCCCAUCUCGCUCGACACGGAGAUGACGGACGUCUAA